AUGUCAGCAACAUCAUCGGCCCUCGGCGCAGUCUUGGGUUACCUAGGCGCCGAAGUCGCGGGCAUAAGCCUCUUCGAACGCCUCUUAUGGCCGGAACGCUUCUACAACGCCGUUGACGCCAUCGCGCUCAUCCGCCUGGCCCUCUUCAUGCCCAUGGGCGGGCCCCUCCACCGCGCAGCCCUCGAGACGCUGGAUAAGUUCCGCGAUCACGGCCUGUACAAGGGUCGCCGGCGGGGCGACAUGCUCGGUACCACCUUCUUCUCCGACAAAGCCAGCGUCCAUUACCUCCACAAGACGGCAACCACCCCCGAAGGCCGGAAGCUACCACGGGCCGUGCGGAAUGGCUUCUGGAUUGAGGUUUUGAAGCAUGUUGACGAUCGCAUCGGUCUGGGCGGGUCUUGGACCGGGGCCGGUCCGGCGCCGGUGCCGGAUACUGUACGACUGAAGAAGGGAGGUGAGGCACCGGCAGACACGAUCAGGACUACAAGGCGGAUAUACCGUCUUGAUCUGGAAUUCCAAUCCAGUCAAGGAAGCGAAGCGUCUCCACAACUGAAGGCAUUUAACGAAAACUUCGGGUUGAGAACAUUGCUAGGUAUUGUUGUGUCGGAGCUAUCCUCAAUCCUCCUUGCAGUCGCUGCAGGAAUCUGGUCAACCCAAAGUAGAGACGGACAAGACGCCCCAGCAAAAUGGUUCAUCGGCUUCCUUUGCAUCCCUCUCUUCCUGAAGCUUUUUGCCGCGGUGGCGCGCGUUCGUCGAGAGAGCGUGAUACACGACGAAGGCUCACCCGAAUCGUCGACCCUAAACGUAACAGCUCCAUCUUCACCAGCAGCCGAAGCUCCAAUCACUAAGAAGGACCCAACACCCGCCUCCCCAGAUCACCACCAGGAAACAGAAAUCUUCGAGGUCGAGGUCCCCUCCAUCGGCUUCCUCCUCAUCUCUACCCCCUCCCCAGCCUCCCAAGCAAGCUUCCAGUUCUUCCGCCACUACGGCCACCCAAUCCGCGACAGCGCCCUCGACCGCGCAAGGGAGGUAGCCAGCAUAGUGACGGUGUACGCCUUUGUCCUCUUUUUCCCCGCGGGACUGCUACUGCUGCCGUGGAUGAACGAGUCUAUGCAGUACCUCUGGCUGGGUCAGCAGCUGUGGAGCGUCUUGGUCAUGCAUCUUGUGCGUCUUUUCGGGUGGGAGGGCACUUCGCGGACGGAGGAGACGGUGGCGGCUGCGCUCGUGAAGGACUUCAGGGUUGUAUUGGCUGGCCAGAAGGCGUGUGUUGAGGCUACGCUGCGGAUGGAGGAGGUUACGUCGGUUAGGGAGGGUAGGAAGAGGGUGCAAGAGAUGCUAAAAGGACUUUAA